AUGGCGCCCAACGGCCAUACGGCAUCUGGCAAGAGAGGCGCUCGCAAGUCUCGCGAUACUGAGCCCUGUUCGUGGCUAGACAAACAUGGCCCCGAUGAAUAUGAAGCUUGGAAAGAAGCAAAUCCCGAGACUCGCCUUCCGUACGAUGAUUGGAAGCAGUCGAAUCAGCAUGUCAGCGGGCUCUCUCUGUAUUACACAACACUGCGCAUCUUCGAUGAGUCUGAUUCAAGUGAUGAAGAUGUCCGUCCAGUCAAGGCCGCCAAACCUCCCCCCACCAAAACACGGGGGCAGAUUGGCCGCCCGAAGAAGUCAGCGGUGAACGGCCAUGGAACACCACGUUCAGAUGGGACCGCGACACCGUCUAAACCCGCCAGCUUGGAAGAGUCGAGCCCGUCAGCUAAGAAAAAGCGAAAGGCGCGUAAGAAGCCACUUUCUGAAGAGAUUAUCGCAUCAGCGAGCGAUAGCGAUGAUGCUGCCAAGGACCCAGAGGCUUCAACCCCAGGAGCUGAUGCUGCGACACCUACCGCGCCUACCAUCAUUCUCAACGGUAGACGCAAGACUUCAACCCGCAAGGCGAGGAAGAAGCCCAUUUCCGAAGAGACCAUAUCACCCGAGGAUGAACUUGAGGAUCCUAUGGAUGUUACAAUAGAUGAGGUCGCCAGGUCUGCAAUCGCAUCUCCAUUGCCUGUUCGCUCUGCUCCGAAGUCUCCGGCCGCAGCACCUCCUUCAGAUCCGCCCAGGAAGAGCCACAUACUUAAAUUGAGUACGAGAAAAACGCCGAAGAAAAAGGAAACUUCCGAGGAGAACUUUUCUGAAGACGUUAGCGCGGCUUACGCUUCUGCUCAAGCCACCCCCAACACAGUCGCCAAGGGAACCCAGCCGAGAAUCACACUUAAUACUAACCCCACUCCAAAGUCAAAUGGCGAAACCGACUCGGCCGCUGCUUCGCCUGCUUCAACAAGCGCGCCGAGCUCGACACGACGUGGCUUACGCACUCGAAAGCCUGCUCAACAGAGACCCUAUUACCAUGAUUCACAGCUUUUUGAAGACGUGGAGACUCGGAACGGGGAUGCACAUGACCAUGACAACAUGUCGUCCCCGGUUAACCAGAGCAGAAGGGUAUCUGUCGCCUCGAUUAGCAGAAACAUUGAUGAUGCGCUGCUAGCCUCGUUAGACGAAGAAGCAAUGGCUUUGCUGCAAGAAGAACCUGAAUCCGAACCCACGAAACCCAAACACUUCAAGGGCAAAGGCCGUGCUUGGAAGAAGGAGGGCUCGGAUGAAGACGAGGAAUUUUUGCUUGCGGCGAAGAAGAAGGCAGCUAAAGCAGCAAAGAUGAAAGCAAGGGGCCAGGUACCCAAGAAGCGAGGUCGACCGAAGAAAAGCGGCCGUUCCGAAGAACUUGUUGGCGAGGAGAGUGAUGAGGACAAGGAGAAUGUAAAGCGGAGGCGAUCUAUGCUGCGCAAGAGUGCACUCUCCGAGGAAAUCGUUCAGGAUAGUUCUGAUGGCGGAGAGGAAGAAAACGAGGAAGUGAACGAGAAGGAAGUGAACAGUGUGAACGACGAGAAGGAAGAUAGGGACGUAAUGGAGGUUGAGGAACGUGAGAAUGUGGACAAUAAAGAAGAAGAGGAGAAGGAGAAGGAAGAGGAAGAGGAAGAGGCUGUAGUGCAAGAGAAGCCAGAUGAAAAGGAAGAAGAUGAGAAGAAUGUAGAGGAGGCGAAGACAGAGGAAGAGGGAAAAGUCGAGGUGCCAGAAGCCAAAGCACAUGAAGAAGCAAUAGUGGAGAAAGAGGAAGAGGAGGUGAGAGUUGGCGGAGAUGAGAAGAGCGAGAAGGAGGAGCAGGAGGAGCAAAAAGAGCAAAAAGAGCAGAACGAGAGAGAAGAACAAGUGGAGAAAGUGGAGAAUGAGGGAAAAGAAGAAGAGGAGAAAGAAGGGGAACCAGUAGCCCCAGAAUGCCUGCCAAACCGAUCCUGGACACCUGAAGGCCUGCCCAGCUCUGAGCUAAUGGCUGAUGGCGUCGCAAAUGACGAGCCAGCCUCCAGAUCAACCGAUGAACAGGACGUACCUAGUCCUUUCAGAAAAACAGCAUGAGCUGGAUUCUACCGGUCUUUCAAGCGGACACAAUAUUCAACAUAAUAUUCAACAUAAAAUCACCUACCACACUGCUAAUACGCAGUAGUCAGAUGUUUUUUCCUUGGAGGGUCUUGCGUUUGUACACUCGCUCAAUCUAUUUCCUUUGUCAAACUUUUUGGAGGGGAAGCAUGGUAGAUGGGAGAGGAGGAUGUCACCACUGUAUUUUGACCAGGCAAUACUGGAGUCUUUUUUUCCUUUUCCUAUGUGUUGGGGGAAUUGCAUAUGCGGUAAU